AUGGCUGACAAAAAUGCUGAGCUAGAGCGCAUUUUCAAGCGCUUUGACUUGAAUGGUGACGGCAAAAUCUCUGCAACAGAGCUCGGCGAUUGCUUGAAGACCCUCGGUUCAGUCACGGUAGAGGAGGUCAAGCGCAUGAUGGCUGAGAUUGAUACUGAUGGUGAUGGAUUCAUAUCAUACGAGGAGUUCUUAGAUUUUGCCAAGGCUAACAGUGGCCUGAUGAAGGACGUUGCUAAGAUAUUUUAA